GGGAGGUGUUCCUGCUGAGCUAGUUCCACCUGUGAACCUGGAUCAUGGAGUCCGCAGAGCUCACUUGUCGAGGGAGACGUUCGGAGUCGCUGUAAAGGAGGACAGAAAAAGAAAGUAAAACUUCUCCGAGUGCGACAGCGAAUUUUAAUUUCGAAGCAAGUAAAUAUUGCCUCAAACCAGCAAAACCUUUAGGGGAGGCAGUGGCAUAGUGGACCAGUAAUUCAGAAUGCCAGGCUAAUGUUCUUAAGGACGUGGAUUUGAAAACUGCCACUGUAGGUUGAAUUGAAGAGCACUUUGCCUUUUACCAACAGGUAUUAAGAUUGUUACCACUGGUGAAGUUGUUGGCAGCCGAUGGCACGUUACAGAUACUUCAUAUUUAAUCAGCGUGGUAUGGUUAUCUUGGGAUUUCUGCAGAUAGCCUGUGCUGCAGUGUGUGUAAUGUCUGGCUUUAUGGAUACAAUUUUUAGAAAAAGUUCAGCACUGAGUAGAACUAGAAUCCCCGUCUGGACUGGAAUGGCAAUGGCCAUUCCAGGAGUUCUGGCAUUAUUUUCUUCUCAGAAAAAGAAUCCUGUUCUUGUGAGCAGUAUGGUUGCAUCGGCUGUAUUUUCCUGGAUUACUACAACUAUUUUGAUAAUAUAUGCAGCUUUGACGUUGAACUAUGGUGAAGAUGAUGAUGAGGUGUUCCAACAUAAACCCAAUCAUGUUAUUCAUAUGGAAUAUAUACUGACCAAAUUUGUCCAGGGAGCGAAUAUGGCCAUAUUGAUUGCAUCUGUGAUUAGUAUGAUGACGACAACCAUAAUAGCAUUUCUAGGUUGUCGGAGCCUUCCUAUUUGUGGAUGCUAUGACAGCACAACUGGAAUGCAGUCAUUGAUUACAGAGGAUCAACAGCCUCAGACAAUUGAAUUGGUGUGUACCUGGCAAGGUGGCGGUGAUCAGCGAAUUCUAAAUGAUCCAGUAGGAUACAACGACUGGAAUAUAGAUACGGAAGAUUCAGAGCGGACGUCAAAGCCAGUACCUUACACCCAACUUGCUUAAAAUACUUUUAGCUGCAAUCACAUUUGGUAGUUGUAUUUACUGUUUUUUGGACUAUGUUGGCAUGAUUUUUUUAUAAACUGUGAAGAUUAAGCCUCACUCACUCUUCAAAUUUGAAGCAUUGAAAUUCCAUACAUUUUAGUUGUGAUGCCUUGACAGUGAUAAUUGCAGUUCACAUCAGUGCUGGGUGUAUUACACAAGUAAUUACACCGUGGGGAGAAUUGGAUGUUGAGUAACUUUUUGUGCCAUUUUGAAUCUUCUGAAGAUAAAUGUCUUUGAUGUGUACAGAGGAUAUGUAACUGCAGUACUGUAUUAAGUAUCUGAGAAUGAACAACUCCGACCUUGGCAGUAAUUGUCUAAUGAAUUUGCUUCAAAUUGGAGUGCUGCCAAUUCUUAAGUUAUAAAUUAAGCAUGGGAAAAGUGGAUGUUUUUUUUUAAAUUGUGCUUUGUUACUCAAAACGGUGUAGCCUGCAAAAACAAAUGGCAAUUUGCAAUUUUAUUUUUUUACAAAGACCUGCUAUCAACAUCUUGAACCAUAUGGAAAUAAUUUCACUUGUGAUCCAGUUAUGUAGGUUUUUUUUUAAAAAAAAAUCUCCUUCUUUUGUUCACUUUUACUUGCUUAUUGCCCUUGGCCAUAAUCAUACAUAUGGAAAAUGUCACAGUGAAGAGAAAUCAUAUACUUUGGAAUUGAGAAUCAGUUUGGAUGAUGCAUUCCACCACCUGAGCCAAGUAUUUAUUCAUUGUAUGAGACAAGACAGUGUCAGGGACAACAACUGAUGGCACUGUAGUUGUUCACCCAUUAGCAUUUAAUGCACACAUUCAUGACAAUCACUGGGUAGCAAUCCGCUGCAGAAGCCUGCUAGAUUCCCCAAACAGAGUACCAGGACAGUUGUGAUUCUGACACUGCUGUAGUCAACACAGAUCAGGGCAUCUACCUGGGGCAAUCCUGGCUGUUGUUACUAACGUAACGAAUUGGGUUGGGUAGCUUAAAUUUGACAUUGAUUUGAGCUGAUGCACUGUUUUUGACAUGAGACAGAUAUACUAAUUCUUUUGAAAGUUUGUCUCUGUCUAAUGGGUUGAUGUACAGGAAUGCAAUGUUUAACAACUUCAUAUUGUGUAUAAUGUGCUUAUCUUUUAUUUCUCAAGUCUUCCAGUGAUGUGAACCUAUUCCCCAGCUGCCACAGAGACUAAUAUCUGCUUUGAAUUCCCAUUGCCAUUCUAAAAAAUUCAGUAAAAUGUGUAAUGAUGAGCUGAGGCACUCUUCUUUAGAGCAAUUAAAAUGGUUACUUGCUGUCCUGGUUAAGAUUGGAACCAGUGUUUCCUCUUUUCUCUACAUGGAAGAAAUUACAAAAAAAACCCUGCAUGCUGACCUCUUUACAGGAUUGUGCUACACUAGAAUUAUGCAGCAUUUUAUCCCUGGCAAAAAACUUCCUGUACAUUAGUUGACCAUUUUAGGAAUAGAGAAAGUAAGUGUGACUAGUCCUGAAAUAAUCCAUAAGUUGGCUUUUAGAAUUUAUGUCAAAUUGAAUGAGUGAAAGUUUACCAUGUGAAUUUUCUAAUUUUUUUUUAAGAAAGGGCACUAAUGUUGGUGUUCAUAUUUUUAUGUUUGCAAUUAUUUAAAAUAAAGUAUGCAAGAAUUUUCCAGGACAAGCACAAUGAGGUGUUUUGCUCUGCAUUUGGUGAUACAGUUCAACUAUUAAAUGGAUGUGCCCAGCAAGCAAUAUGAAAAUUACCUAGAGAG